UUGUAAUUUUUUAUAUAAAAAAAAGAAAAAAUAAAAUUGCAUUUUUGGGUGCAGCCCUGUUUUCUUGUCCUUUUUUCGUGGGGUUAAUGCUUCCACAACCAAGGCCAACCAACCACUUGAACGUGCGAAUAUCUGUUAUUCCUUCUCUCGCCAUUGCUGCUUCAAUUUUUAUCUUUUUCUUAUAAUGACGAUGGCAACAAUGGCGACCUCAAGUUCCUUCUCCUCUAUUCUCUCACCCCACACUCAACCCGUUCGAGAACUCAACCGCCAUAGUUAUUUGACCCUUUAUUUCACUAAAAACAGAAAGCCCAUCAACUGUGAAUCCAGUGCUCGACAACCCCUUUAUCCAAUAGUCACAAGUUCUUCUUUAUCAGGGACUUCAUUUUCUGUUGCCAAUGAAACUGUGCCAAUGGUUCCACCAUAUAAUGUUUUGAUAACUGGUUCUAGCAAAGGAAUAGGGUAUGCACUUGCAAAAGAGUUUCUGAAAGCAGGAGACAAUGUCAUUAUUUGCUCAAGAUCAGAGGACCGAGUGAAAUCUGCACUUGAAAGUUUACAGGUCGAAUCAGGGAAGCAGCAUGUGUGGGGCGUCAAGUGCGAUGUUCGGGAGGGGGAAGAUGUCAAGAACUUAGUUGCCUUUGCACAGGAAAAACUUAAAUACAUUGACAUAUGGAUAAAUAAUGCUGGAUCAAAUGCAUAUAGUUACAAACCAUUAAUGGAGGCAUCUGAUGAAGAUCUGAUUGAAGUUAUCUCUACAAAUACCCUUGGUUUGAUGAUAUGCUGUCGAGAGGCAAUAAAAAUGAUGCUAAAACAGCCUCGAGGUGGUCAUAUCUUUAACAUUGAUGGAGCUGGUUCAGAUGGAAGACCAACUCCCAGAUUUGCUGCAUAUGGGGCAACUAAACGCAGUGUGGUGCAUCUUACAAAAUCAUUACAGGCAGAAUUGAAGAUGCAGGAUGUCAAAAAUGUUAUAGUGCAUAAUCUUUCGCCAGGAAUGGUGACAACGGAUCUUCUCAUGUCGGGAGCUAACACAAAGCAGGCGAAGUUUUUCAUCAACGUUUUGGCUGAACCAGCUGAAGUGGUUGCUGAGUACCUUGUUCCCAACAUCAGAGCUAUUCCCACAAAUGGAUCUGGAAGACCAACUUACAUACGUUUCCUCACCGGAUUGAAAGCCUACUCUCAGAUAUUCACACACAGAGACUUGCUUUUGGUGCUCGGAGAAAUCGAUAUGUUCUUGAAGAUUAGUACUCAUACCGAGAUUAGUGCUAUUUCUAUUCAUCCAUUGCAUGCAAUGUCUUUGAUUGAAGGCCUCGUUUUUAUGUGUACGAUCGUUUCCACCCCAUCCAUAAUAGAUGACUUCUAUUGGCACUAAUUUUGCUCUUUUUUACUUACUUUCCUAAUGACCCUUGCAUAUUUCCGUUGAAACUGUACUUGGUUGUUAUAUUCUUUCCCAAUUGUAGGAAUAUUAUUCUGUUUGUGAGUCGUAGGAUGUGUAUAAUAAUGUUGUAAGUUGAGGGGCCAUAACUAUUACACUUUUAGUC